AUGGCUGACUCCCCACAGACCGAGGAGCAGUUUGCAUUUUGGAAGAGAAAGGCCACACGCACGAUGGGGGCGGCCGCCCCGUCCUCCCGGCUCGCCCCGCCGGUGCCCGGUGCGGUGCUGGAGGACCCGGUGCUGCGGGCCCGCCUCGCCCUGCCCCGGAGGGAGGGCCCAAACGGAGGGAGGCCGCCCUACUUCCCCCCGCCGUACCCGCAGCCGCCGCUGCCCUACCCGCAGGGCCAGGAGCCCGCUUACCCGCACCUGGGGGACCCCUACGCGGCGCUCAGCCCGCUGCACCAGCACCAGCAGCCCGCCUGGCCCCCGCAGCGCGGCCGGCAGGAGGACGCGGGGCUGCUCUCGCAGACCCACCGCGCCCUGGGGCUCGACCCCCGCCGCGAAUACCCCGCCGUGCCCCGCCUGCUCCACGGGCUGCCCGACGGCGGACACGGCCUCGCCGACGGCCCGCUGGGCCUCCACGGCCUCGGCCACCACGGCAUCGAGGACAUCCAGGCCGUGGACGACGGCGGGAUGAACCUGCUCGAUCAGUCCGUGAUCAAGAAAGGCUGGCUCAGGUGCUCCGAUCACCUGCUGCUUGCGGGAACAGGAAAGCAGCAGCUGAAGAUCGAGGGGGACUUUUGGUUUACUCAGAUGACCAGAGACAAUUUUGGUUCCCCCAAAGCCAAGGAAACAAAGCUGUCAGGCUUUAAUGGUAGCUUGUCUCCCUCCUGCAGCAUGUUUAUGGGCAAACAAGCUGCAGAUCAGACCAGGCAAACAGCAGCAGUGCCCAUCCCCUCCAAGGCCAACGGCACCACCAUUUCCACCCUCUCGAUGAACAAAGACAGCCUGAUCGGAGGGGUGACCAACCCCAACGAGGUCUUCUGCUCCGUGCCCGGCCGCCUCUCCCUUCUCAGCUCCACCUCCAAGUACAAGGUGACGGUCGGGGAGGUGCAGAGGAGGCUCUCUCCCCCCGAGUGUCUCAACGCCUCUCUCCUCGGAGGAGUCCUCCGCAGGGCAAAAUCAAAAAAUGGGGGUCGGUGUUUAAGGGAGAGGUUAGAGAAAAUCGGGCUAAAUCUCCCCGCGGGACGGCGCAAAGCUGCCAACGUCACCCUCCUGACGUCCCUCGUGGAAGGUGAAGCCGUUCACCUGGCUCGGGAUUUUGGCUACGUGUGUGAAACGGAGUUCCCAGCCAAGGCAGCAGCAGAGUACCUGUGCCGCCAGCACUCCGACCCCGCCGAGCUCCACACCAGGAAAAACAUGCUGCUGGCGACCAAGCAAAUUUGUAAAGAGUUUGCAGACUUGAUAGCCCAGGAUCGCUCUCCGCUGGGGAACAGCCGCCCCUCGCUCAUCCUGGAGCCCGGUGUCCAGAGCUGUUUGACUCAUUUCAGCCUGAUAACCCACGGCUUCGGGGGCCCGGCCAUCUGCGCCGCCCUCACCGCCUUCCAAAACUACCUGGUGGAGUCCCUCAAGGGGCUGGAUAAAAUGUUCCUGAGCAGCACGGGGAACGGGCACGCGGCCGGAGACUCCAAAGCCUCAGAAAAAGAAGUGAAACAUCGGAAAUGAGGUGCUGUCUCCUUCCCUCUCCCCGGUCACCGUGUGAGAGCACCGGGGCUGGGGGGAAAAGAUGAUCCAGUGCACUGUUUUCUGAACUGCUACGGUUGAACUUGGGCUGAGACUCGUAAAGGAAACAAAGAAAAGACAAAAAUAAUAAUAAUAAAAAAGAAGAUUUAAAGAAUUUAAGAAGAAAACAACUCCAAUGGGCAUAGUGAGAGUGAAAAAAAUAAGCCAGGUUAAUGGCUUUGGGGGUUUGCCUUUUUUUUUUAUUUUAUUUGAUAAAUCGUGGAUGAUGCAGGAAGCCAAGUCAUGUGCAAUUUUAUUUUGUUUUGGUUUUUUUUUGCUUUUUUUUUUUUUAAAUCCUGUAGUGAAAUCCAGACACGCUCCAGGAAUUUUUUUCCAACUGAAAAACUGAGAAGAAAGAAGAAAAGCCUCAUCCAGGGCAGAGGCAGGAGCAGCAGAGGGCAGGGAGCUGGAUCACGGUACCUGGAUUUAUCAGCUGCUUUUGACAGGCAACCACAUGGGAAACCUUCCUGGUUCCCCACCUGCAGCCCAGUCCUAAAGCCAGGCCAAGAGAGGAUUUGCCAGCAGAACUGCUUGGGAUGUAAAGCAGUUUCAGACUUCGUUUACAGUUUUCAAACUGAGACUCAAGGUGGAUUUUCCCCAG